UUCACAUUUAAGUUUAUUGGAGAAUACUUCAGAUUCUAGUUGUUAAACAUACUAACAUAAAAAUACUAAAAGGAAAAUAAAAAUAAUACUAUUGGUUAAAAUAUACGGAAAAUAUAUACACUAAUAAUACAUAAUGAUUCUAUUAUAUAUAUAUAUAUGUAUAUCUAACGAAUUUAGAUAAUUUAAUGAGAAUUUCUAAUAUAUUUUAAAGUGACAUUUAAAUAUAUAUCUUAAAUAUAUAUCUAACCAGUGAUAAAUUUUAAAACAAAUGAUAUUUAAUAAUAUUGUUAAAAAUUUGUAAUUAGUCAAUUAAUAUAGAUUGUAAAAUAUAUAAAAAUUAAAAUUUACACUAAAUUUAUCAAAUAUUAUAUAUUUUAUUAAUAAUCUAAUUUUUAUAAAUAACUAUAAUAUAAAAAAAAUAUAAAUAUUAAUUUUAGAUUUUACAACAAAGAUUAAAAUUUAAAAUUUUUAUUAAACACUUAAUUUUAAUUAAACACUUAAAAUUUAAUAACAUACAUAUAUAUAUAUAUAUAGAAUUGUUUAUACAUUAUAAUUAGAAUAUUAUAAAAGUUUUUAUCGAUGUAUUUGGAUCAAAAUUUGUUAGCAUUUGAAAACCUGAAAUAUAGACAUAACCGGAAAUUAUAUUGUCCUAUCUCUUUCUAUUAGCACGCGCAACGUGUGCAUGCAUUGGUUCAGCGCUGAUCAAUUUUAUUUAAAAACAAAUUGAUUAUCUCGACCAGAAAAAUAAUUAAACAAUGGCAAGUACAAAAGUCGACAAUCCUGAAAAACCAGGACAAGAAGUAACUCCUAUUCACAGAAUUAGGAUUACUUUAACUUCACGAAAUGUGCGUUCUCUUGAAAAAGUUUGUUCGGAAUUGAUUAAUGGAGCAAACAAACAAAAACUGAAAGUCAAAGGUCCAGUUCGUAUGCCUACAAAGAUUUUAAGAAUAACUACGCGUAAAACGCCAUGUGGUGAGGGAUCAAAAACGUGGGACCGUUUUCAGAUGCGUAUUCAUAAAAGAGUUAUUGAUUUAUAUUCACCAUCUGAAAUUGUAAAACAAAUUACAAGUAUUUCUAUUGAACCUGGUGUAGAAGUAGAAGUUACUAUUGCAAAUGAAUAAAUAAUUUAAAUAAAACUGUAUAAGAUUUUAAUAAAAAUAUAAAAAUAUAAAUAAA